ACCACCCACAUAUUACGACCAAUCGGAGACGAAAGCGGCGCGUUUUGUCUCCUCCCCGCCACGACCGCCCCCCGUUUCUUUGAGUGACAGAUGCCAGCGUUGCGAUUGCACGGGACGUUCGGACAGUGACAGGACCGCCGAAGGGUUAUUUAUUUGGUGGCCAGCAUCCUGACAGUGUCCUCCCAGCUGCAGGCAGCAUGCCCCUGGCUCGCAGCCUUUCCGUCACCUCCCUCUCCGGGCUGGACGACUGGGACGAGGAGUUUGACCAUGAGAAUGCGGUGCUUUUCGAAGUCGCCUGGGAGGUGGCCAACAAAGUGGGUGGCAUCUACACCGUGAUCCAGACCAAGGCCCGCCUGACGGCAGAAGAAUGGGGGGAGAACUACUUCCUGGUUGGACCCUACAUGGAGAGCAAUGUCAGAACACAGGUGGAGCUGAUCGAGCCAACCAACCCAGCUCUAAAGAAGACCAUCGAUAAGAUGAACACCAGUGGGUGUAAGGUGUACUUCGGACGCUGGCUGAUCGAGGGCGGCCCGUAUGUCGUGUUGAUUGAUGUUGGCUUCACCGCUUGGUCACUGGACCGCUGGAAAAGUGAGCUCUGGGAAAGCUGCAGCAUUGGCGUGCCGUGGUUCGACCGUGAGGCCAACGACGCCGUGCUCUUUGGCUUUCUCACUGCCUGGUUGCUGGGGGAGUUUGCAGCCCAGUGCGAGGAGUCAUCACAUGUCGUGGCCCAUUUCCAUGAGUGGCUGGCCGGCCUGGGACUGGUGCUGUGCCGGCAUAGGCAGCUGCCUGUAGCCACCAUAUUCACCACCCACGCCACCCUGCUGGGCCGUUACCUGUGUGCUGGGAACGUGGACUUCUACAACAACCUUAGUGAGUUUAACGUCGAUAAGGAGGCUGGAGACAGGCAGAUAUACCACCGAUACUGUAUAGAGAGAGCUGCGGCCUGCUGCGCCCACAUCUUUACCACCGUGUCCCAGAUCACAGCCAUUGAGGCUGAGUUCCUGCUCAGGAGGAAGCCGGACAUCAUCACUCCAAACGGCCUCAACGUAAAGAAGUUCUCUGCCAUGCACGAGUUCCAGAACCUGCAUGCCCAGAGCAAGGCCCGUAUUCAGGAGUUCAUCCGUGGACAUUUCUAUGGGCACCUGGACUUUAAUCUAGAUAAGUGCCUGUUCCUCUUCAUUGCUGGGAGGUAUGAGUUCUCCAAUAAGGGAGCUGAUAUUUUCCUGGAGUCUCUGGCUCGGCUUAAUUACCUGCUCAGGGUCAACCAUAGUGAAGUGACUGUAGUGGCAUUUUUCAUCAUGCCUGCCAGGACGAAUAACUUCAAUGUGGAAACUCUGAAGGGCCAGGCCGUCCGGAAGCAGCUGUGGGACACAGCUCACACUGUCAAAGAGAAAUUUGGGAAGAAGCUGUAUGAGUCUCUGCUGGUGGGCCAGCUGCCAGACGUAUCAAAGAUGCUGGACAAGGAGGAUUUCACCAUGAUGAAGCGAGCCAUCUUCAGCACACAGCGGCACAGCCAGCCACCGAUCUGCACCCACAACAUGCUGGAUGAUAGCUCAGACCCCAUUCUGACCAGCAUUCGCAGGAUUGGCCUCUUCAACAGCUCCUCUGACCGGGUCAAGGUGAUUUUCCACCCGGAAUUCCUUUCCUCGACCUCUCCAUUGUUGCCCAUGGAUUAUGAGGAAUUUGUAAGGGGGUGUCACCUAGGUGUGUUCCCCUCUUACUAUGAGCCCUGGGGCUACACACCAGCGGAAUGCACAGUGAUGGGGAUCCCCUCUGUCUCUACCAACCUUUCUGGUUUCGGCUGCUUCAUGGAGGAGCACAUCGCUGAUCCGUCCGCUUAUGGAAUCUACAUCCUAGACCGACGGUUCCGCAGUGUGGAUGAAUCCUGUAACCAGCUGACCUCCUUCCUGUACCAGUUCUGCCAGCAAAGCCGGCGGCAGAGAAUCAUCCAGAGGAACCGCACAGAACGUCUGAGUGACCUGCUAGAUUGGAGAUACCUGGGCCAGUACUACGUCACGGCUCGGCACAUGGCCUUAGCCAAGGCUUUUCCAGAUGCCUACUGCUAUGAGCCCCAGGAUGCCACCUCAACCCAGGGCUUCCGCUACCCCAGGCCAGCUUCAGUUCCCCCCUCGCCCGCCCUCUCCCGUCACUCUUCCCCCCACCACAGCGAGGCGGAGGAGGAGGAUGAUGAUGAGGAGCGAUACGACGAGGACGUCGAGGCUGAAAAAGACCGUCGCAACAUCCGCCACCCACUUUCUUUGUCCUUCCGGAACAAGAGCUCUCUACCAUACCCACUGCUCAAUGGCAGUGGAAGCCCCGCCCCAUCUUCACUGAGCUCCGCCCAAUCUCCCGCGAGCUCUACGCACUCCCCCCCCAGUUCUGUCACCUCACCCCUGAGCUCUAUUUCUAGUGAGAAGAACUGAUUUUGCACCAGUGCAUGCACCCCCACAAACACUCCCUCGCACUCUCUUCCACACACAAACACACUAUGCAUAUGACUGAUAGACCCACACACCUGUCACUGAGCCUCCCAGCAUAUAUAUAUAUAUAUAUAUAUAUGAAGACGUGGUACAAUAGGAGAAACCUGCAGUACGGGAGGUGGAGGUGUAGCUGGGUUCACCUUCUGCGGGGGAAACGCACCCCUGCCCGCAAAGCCAGUGCAGAACCUCUUAUUCUGUUACGUAAGGAGCUCCAUAGUCAGUUAAGUUUGCUGCUGCCCCAGUAGUGCGCCCCCCUCCCUCCCCCCCAACCCGAGACAUGACAUGGCGCCAAUUGGCAGUCCAGUCUGAGGAUUGUGUGCAUGUUAGCAAGAUUACCUCAUAUUCCAGGAUGUGUCAGACGAGAUGUAGUAUAGUAUGGGUGGAUCGACGUCAGUGAGCAUUGUUAUACAUACGGUUUUAGCAAUUUGCGCUUGUCAGUCAGUCAGUGGGGAUUUGUUUGUCGUGAACACUUUCUGUGCUAGUAUUGUUGUGUUAUGACCCUCUCUCUUGUUAGAUGACCACCAACUCCGUGUUACUGUUACCUCGAGGACUGAAAAACAGUACAAAAUGAUCAAAUAAGUUGCUUUAUUAAGAUUCACUGUGAUAGACGUCUUGUUCCUGAGACAAGUGUCAUGCAGCUUCUUCAAAACUUUCUAUGCGAGGCCUAAUUUCAGAGCGUGGUUCACAGCCAGCGGCUCCAGCUCGCUCAGCACAGGCAGACUCCGGCUCUCUGGCCUUUACAUGCUGCAGUGUGGAGAGGAGAUGCAGGUUGGCGCACAAAGGCAGCGGAUGGCUCUGCCCCUGACAAACGUCCUUCAUCAUUACCCACCCAGCAAGCUGCUCCAGAAGGAUGCGUAGGUGGCACUCCCUGUCACUGCCCCCAGCUGGGCGGGGUUACGCCGCACAGAGGUCACAGAGAAGCCGUUGGCGCCCGUCACCUUGACUUCCACUAUGUGGUACUCCUUCAGCCUGGGGGACAGGAUGGAGAACAAGCUCGUCUCAGAGCAGGCCGCAGAGGUGAAGAGUGGCUCUGCUAUGCUCCUGUGUGCAUGAGAGAUCUUACGCAGUAUCAGAGACUAUCUCCCCCAUCACUCCGCUGAAACCCAGUCUGUCUGCUGCUAUAGCAGCCACUGCCAUGGUGUUGACGUUGUUUGGGGCCAGCGGACAAAGGUCGGCCACGGAGCCUUUGAAAAGCACCCUCCUGCCUUCUCCCUCGGUCCAAUCCUUGGGCCCACCCCCCGUCAGGCGGAAACAGGAGGGGUGUUUGGACAUGCGGAUGAAGAGACUCUGUCAAUGGGAUUGGAGAUGGAGAUUUUCACACGCUUCCAGCUGUGUUCAUGUUUAUGAACGGUUGCCCUUGUGUGCCGGCUUUCUCACCGUCAACGUACCGCUCUCAUUCAGCCGCUGGAUAUCCUGGCUGCCCCACAGUGCCCCACUAGGCACGUAAAGUGUCUUCCCAUGAUGCUGUGCAGUCUGCCGCAGUUGUUUGUUCAACUGGAGGUCUGAGAGGGCAGAGGGGGAGCCCACCUGGAGAGUGGGAACUUUGAUCGACCACUUGGUACCAGUCCAGGCAGCGAAGCACAACCAUCCAAAAUCCAGUCAAAUCACCUGCCCCCCCCCAUGCCCGUCAUACCAGGAAGUGAGCAUGCGAGAGGAACUGGGCCCCAAAGUCCUUCACAACCUGUGGGUGGCACACCUCCACGAUCAAGUCUGCAUUCCUAAAACACAAAGCACACACAGUCCUGUAGGUACUGCAACGCCCUCCACUUGCCCUUCCUCCCAGUACCUCCACCGCACUUUUCAGGGAAGUGGGACAGCUGAUCUAGGAUCAGUUCCUCAGGAACAGAGGCUCUUAGCUUCUGAGGGUUUCUGUUCCACACAAAGACCAGGCGGAGGCCCAAGCUGUGACCCUCCUUCUGGAUCCUCUCCACUAGGUACUGUCCUGGGAGCAGGAGACAGCUAUUCACCACAAGAACCGCCAGAGGGAAAAGCUAAGCAAGAGGACCUGAGAGAGAUCGCAACUGCUUCAAGUGUGCCCUUUAAGGAUCCAAAGAGAAGGUACCAACCUAAGUGACCAUAUCCCACAACUCCAACAGCCAUCACUCUUAAGGUGUGUGCGGUCAGGUCUGUGAAGAGAGACACAAAUACAGACACGAGCACAUGUUUUGUUUAUUGUUGGACACAUGCUAAAUAAAAAUGACUCGACCGCA